AUGAACAACAAACAUGGCUCAGCUGCUGUUUUGGAUAACUGUGUAUUUUUGGGAGAAGAGGAUAAAAAUAGUCUUUACGAGGAUGGAGAUGUUGUUAUAGGGGGCUUAUUUCCUUUACAUUACAGUCCUGUGUUUUCUCGUCCAACCUAUAAAGAAAAACCAACAACUAAUAUGUAUAAGUAUUUCAGCUCUCGUGCCUUGCGGUGGAUACAGACCAUGACUUUCACAAUUAAAGAAAUCAAUGGCCGCAGUGAUCUCCUGCCACACCUAAAGCUAGGUUUUCACAUCCAUGACAGUUGUGAUGACAUACCUGUGUCUCUGAGAGCUUCUUUGUUGUUGGUUAAUGGGCAGCCAGACAGAGGCUUCAGAGCUGAGAGCUGUGAUGCUGUUCGCCGAACUGUGUCUUCAGUAAUCAUAGGAGAUGCUGGCUCUGGGGUGUCUAUGGCACUGCUUCGAAGUCUGGGUUGUUUCCAUAUCCCUCUGGUGAGCUAUUUUGCAUCCUGCAGCUGUCUGAGUAACCAAAGGGAGUUUCCUACCUUUAUGCGCACCAUGCCUAGUGACACCUUCCAGAUUAGAGCUCUGGCUCGACUGGUUAGUUAUUUUGGCUGGACCUGGGUGGGAGUGAUUGGUGUGGAAUCUGAUUAUGCCCGUUUUGCCAUCCAGCUCUUCCUUCAGGAGUCAGUGCACUAUGGUGUGUGUGCUGCCUACACACAUUUCUACCCUGUAGUGGUCAGUCAGCAGGCUAUAGAUGACCUACUGAAUGUCAUUCAGUUUUCAUCCUCAAAGGUCAUCAUUAACUUUUCUGGUGAGUCGGAGAUGCAGAGUAUUCUGAGAGAGAUCAUGCGUCGGAACGUGACUGGCCUGCAGUGGAUUGCAAGUGAGGCAUGGGCCACUGCCAAGUCACUCUGGGAGAAGUCUGGAGAUCUUCUGAUGGGAACAUUAGGAUUUGCGAUCAGGAGAGCUGCCACAAUUCCUGGGCUUAAACAACAUCUCACCAGUUUUACAGCAUCCUCUCUUCAUAAAUCAGCUUUCCUGGCAGAAUUUUGGGAAGAGACUUUUGACUGUCAACUAAAUGGGUCAGUGAAUACCCAUUCUCAUGGCUCUGACAAUUUCUUUGACAGACAGCCAUGUAAAGGGACAGAGGAUUUAAAUGAUGUUUACUCUCCUUAUUCUGAUGUGACACAGCUAAGAGUGUCAUAUAAUAUCUACAAGGCUGUGUACCUAGUUGCCUAUGCCCUACAAGAUUUGAGUAAUUGCAAAUUAGGAAAGGGGCCUUUUCUUAAUGGCACCUGUGCAGACCCCAAAAAUUUUAAACCGUGGCAGCUCAUUCACUAUAUGAAACGUGCAAAUUUCUCGGCACUGGGAGAGAAAGUCAAUUUUGAUCAAAAUGGUGACCCCAUUGCUUAUUAUGAUCUAAUGAACUGGCAGAGGGCGCCUGAUGGCUCUCUUAAUUUGGUGAAAGUCGGCUUCUAUGAUGCCUCAUUACCUUCUGGACACAGCCUAGUUAUUAAUGACUCAGUGAUCCAGUGGCCUCUAGGGAAGAAGGCUAUCCAGUCUGUAUGCAGCAGCAGCUGUCCACCAGGUACUCGCGUCGUCAGGAGAAAGGGGGAACCCAUCUGCUGUUAUGACUGUGUCCCCUGUACUGAGGGAGAAGUUAGUAAUAAGACUGAUUCUUUGGAGUGCUCACGCUGUUCAGCAGACACAUGGUCCAAUACAGCCAGGAACCUCUGUAUACCAAGGACUACUGAAUAUUUAUCUUACUAUGAGUUUAUGGGUAUUCUAUUAUGUGUUGCAUCUGUUUUUGGAGCCUGUCUUUCCCUUUUCAUCAUCACCAUAUUCAUUUCAUAUAAAGACACACCACUGGUUCGGGCCAACAACAUGGAACUGAGCUUUCUCCUCUUGGCGUUCCUUGCCAUUUGUUUCCUUGUUGGCUUGCUGUUUAUUGGUGAGCCUUCAGACUGGCUUUGCCGUAUUAGGUACCCAGCAUUUGGGAUCAGUUUCGCCCUCUGCAUAUCAUGCCUCCUCGCCAAGACAGCAGUGGUUCUGAUGGCGUUUAGAUCCACACUACCAAGAAGUAAUGUUAUGAAAUGGUUUGGAUCUAACCAGCAGAGAGCAAGUGUGCUUUUAGGAACAGCUGUCCAGGUAAUAAUCUGUUUUAUCUGGCUGCUUACUAGUCCACCUUAUGCCAACAAUAAUACAGAUUACCACGGGGCUACCAUCAUCAAGGAGUGUGUCCCCGGUUCAGAGGUCGGCUUCUGGUCUGUUCUUGGAUACAUUGGCAUCCUGGCUUGUGGGUGCCUUCUAAUGGCUUUUUUAGCUCGAAAGCUGCCUGAUCAUUUUAAUGAGGCAAAGUUCAUUGCUUUCAGCAUGUUAAUAUUUUUUGCAGUGUGGAUUACUUUUAUCCCAGUCUAUGUGAGCACAGCUGGAAAAUAUACAGUAGCGGUUCACAUUUUUGCCAUUUUAGCUUCAGCUUUUGCACUUCUUUUUUGCAUUUUUGUUCCAAAGUGCUAUAUUAUAUUGCUAAGACCAGAAAAAAACUGCAAAAAAAAAUGA